CAGGGGGGUUAAAUGCUUAUACACUUGCAAGACCUUGGCCUAACAGGGUAACAGAAUCGGAAAUUUAUUUAAACUUAGCGUAGUAUUAACGUACAAGGAACAAAAUAUUUUUAAUUUUACUUUUCAUCUCUAUAUAUUUUCAAAAGGGUUUCCUUAACUAGUAAGGGAAGGAAAACAAAAAGAGUAUUCCUGCUAAUGAACAAAGCACAAUGUAACGUGUAUGUUCUGGACAUAAGCUCACUGGACGUAUAGUACGAAAUACGGUAUUACAAUAUAUAACUGCGUGUUUCACAUUUGAAAGUGAAGACAGACGUCAUACUACUGUACAAGGGCAUCAAUGUAUUUUACAGCGCACAGCUGUAUUUCCCUUGUAACGACACUAGAGGGCACCCAAUAGCCACCGGACACACAAAGCAACUUUUCUUAUAAAAGUAGCUAAAACACUUUUAAGUAAAUACAAAUAAAUAACGACGCAUUCACAUUGCAUUUUAUACCACUGUACUGUUGCUUUAUUGCCUUAAUAACCCAUCCUGAUAGGCCUAUGAAAGAUGAAAAGAGACCCCCCACCCCGGGUAAUGCCAUUCCAGGUCCUCCACCCAUCCGUCACAGGGCCAUUUGGUCUUGUGUGCAGCAGUCCCACUAUACCUUCCUCCAAUAAUAAUUAAGCACCUUCUAUCGGAACCAGCUGUUCACAGUCUGUGUCGUAUUGAAGAACAACAUUUCUGCUGAUCUGCCAAGGACGAAGCGACUUGCGAGGGAAACAAAAGGAGCUUCUACUUUUCACGUUCGAUUCCGAGUGUGCGGUGUUGUCCCGUCACACUACGCAUGGACGGGACGCGGACCAAAAGUGGCACCUGCACAGAGGGACUCUGAACAUGUAUUGCGCAUGAAUCUGCGCUCACUUGGUGGUUUUGAUUCACAUCAGAAGUGAAGCGCAUCUCCAUCUCACAGGAUGCAAGUGGCGCGCUGAGCGCCGCUUCUUAUGUCCGGGUGCGCAAAGUUGCACAUAGAGCCGCGCAUUUUCACAAGUGCUGGGUUACUUGUCACACACCAGUGGUUCAGCGAAGCGGAGAGUUUACUGCGAUGUCAGCCAUUCGGAGGAAAUUUGGAGAGGAUUACCAGGUUGUGAACACCAACCGAGGAAUUGCCUUCUCUGCCCCGGUGAAGAGGAAGAGGCAGCGGUUCGUGGAGAAGAACGGCCGCUGCAACGUCCAGCACGGUAACCUUGGUGGGGAGACGAGCCGCUACAUCUCGGACCUCUUCACCACACUGGUGGAUCUCAAGUGGCGCUGGAACCUGCUGAUUUUCAUCCUUACCUACACGGUAGCCUGGCUCGUCAUGGCUUCCAUGUGGUGGGUCAUCGCCUACAUCCGCGGAGACCUGAGCCACGGCGGCCACGACUCCUCGUACACUCCGUGCGUCGCCAACGUGUACAACUUCCCCUCCGCGUUCCUGUUCUUCAUCGAGACGGAGGCGACCAUCGGCUACGGCCACCGCUACAUCACAGAGAAGUGUCCCGAGGGCAUCAUCCUCUUCCUCUUUCAGUCGCUGCUGGGUUCAAUCGUGGACGCCUUCCUCAUCGGGUGCAUGUUCAUUAAGAUGUCGCAACCAAAAAAGCGGGCCGAGACCCUCAUGUUUAGCCAGGACGCGGUGAUUUCGCAGCGGGACGGGAGGCUGUGUCUUAUGUUCCGCGUGGGAAACCUGCGCAACAGCCACAUGGUGUCCGCGCAGAUCAGGUGCAAACUCAUCAAGUCCCGACAGACCCCAGAGGGUGAGUUCCUGCCUCUGGACCAGUGUGAACUGGACGUGGGUUUUGGAACAGGGGCAGACCAGCUCUUCCUGGUGUCACCUUUAACCAUCUGCCACGAGAUCAACCCCAAGAGCCCGUUCUUCGAUCUGUCGCAGCACUCGCUCGUAAACGAGCAGUUCGAGAUCGUCGUCAUCCUCGAGGGCAUUGUGGAAACCACAGGGAUGACCUGUCAGGCGAGGACGUCCUACACCGAGGAUGAAGUCCUGUGGGGUCACCGUUUCCUGCCAGUCAUGUCACUCGAGGAAGGCUUUUUCCGGGUCGACUACUCCCAGUUCCACAACACCUUCGAGGUGCCCACGCCUCCCCACAGCGUGAAGGAGCAGGAGGAGAAGUCCUCGCUGACAUCAUCCAUCGCUCUCCCCGCUGCUCCCACACCCUCCUCCCCCCUGUUGGGAAACGGUGCCCGAGGUGGCCAGAGAGAAAGACUCCUGUCGGCCGACUUUGUUGACAGUACGGAGAACCAAGCUUCCAGGCUUCCCAGGAAACUCCAACGAAUGAGCUCCUCGAAGGAGGAGUUCUGGAAGGGGCUCAAAUCAGGAACGCCCUUGCCAGGGGGCAAAGCCUCCAGCACUGGAGACCUGCCACUUAGCAUCCAGAGGCUACGGUCCAGCUCCAUCCCAGUGUCACGGCAAGGACAGCUGGAAGAACAAGUGCAGCUGUUGUCCUUGGAUGGAAACGCAGAUGAAUUUGAGGUGGAGAAACACAGACUGCCGGCAGCCGUGAGCGCCAUCAUUGCUCCGAACCCAACGCCGAUCCCGAACUCUUUGGUCAGGAGUCGACCUGACGACAACCUGCCGGCCAAAUUGCGCAAAAUGAACGUUGACCGUUAAUUCAUCUCAGACUUAAGCGAUAUAAAUCAGGCUUCAAGGGCAUGGUAUAUGAAAUAUUGAUCUUGUUUUUUUUUUCUCCUGUUAAUUUUAUCCAGUGUAUUAUGUGUACUGUUAGGCUCCAAGCAGGUGUUUCUGCCUCUUCGAACAGAAGACCGCCAACAAAGCCAUGCGUCCAGUACACUGUGAGUCCUAUUUUAGAUCACCAUCAGUGCCCCCUACUGAAUAUUGACACUUCUGCCCUUGAGCUCGAUAUCAAAUACUUUGAUAGCAUCUUCUAAUCGAGCUCCAAAGCGGUAAUUUAAUAACAGUUAUUUCAAGGGAAUCGUGCGAUCAAGCCUCGUCUAAUUAGUCUCCUGCUGCAAAACUGGUCCAGCCAAUCAACACAACAAGUGUCACAACAAGACAAAAUAGGUUCUGCAGAAUAUGGGACACAUUUACAGUUGACUGGACACACUUGGUGGUACACAUUUGCAUACCAUUCCAUUUUCUGGACCUGCGUUGGGCCAGACAAACUUGGGUUAUGUCCAAAAUGAGGGUCGUGGACUUUUUGCUUUACGACAAACCAGGCAAACAGGCAUGGGAAAAAGAGUCGAUAGCAGAUAAGGGUUCUCAUUUGGAUUAUUCCAGGAUAUAAAAUAUAUUACCACAACCCCAGGGGCUUGGUUUUAUUAAGGCAUAAAAAAUGUAACAUAUCUCUGCAGGCUGCUGCUCUGUGGCAAAAGCCAAACGAAAGAAAAAA